UCAGCUGUACUCACUGCUGUUUUUCUAGGUAGGUGGUGCUAGUUACAAGAUGUCUGGACGCGGAAAAGGAGGCAAAGGACUUGGGAAAGGAGGCGCCAAGCGCCACCGGAAGGUCUUGCGAGACAACAUCCAGGGCAUUACGAAGCCAGCUAUUCGCCGCCUGGCCCGCCGUGGGGGCGUCAAGCGCAUCUCUGGGCUCAUCUACGAAGAGACCCGGGGAGUUCUCAAAGUCUUCUUGGAAAACGUGAUCCGCGACGCGGUGACUUACACAGAGCAUGCCAAGCGCAAGACAGUGACAGCCAUGGACGUGGUCUACGCUCUGAAGCGCCAGGGCCGCACCCUCUACGGCUUCGGCGGUUGAGCUGUCUCCUCAGCGCUCCCUCCACACUCCAAAGGCCCUUUUCAGGGCCCCCAAAGCGUCAAGAAAAGAGCUGUAAACACCACCUGCAAACAUCAGGUUGGGCACAGUAAAGCGGUGAUUAGAUGUGGGACUUUGCUCUGGGUUAGGCACGAGUUACGCAGGAGAGGAAAAGCAUUAAGUCUCUGGGCUGGGGUCCCCUUUGUUCUGGAUAGAGCUUGAGAUGUGAUUCCCAGUGGCCAUAGUCAAUAGUACGUAUGUUAGACGAACGUCUUUGUCAGCAAACCCAAGUAUUAAAAGCGGUCCACCUCUUCUACGCAGUCAUCCUCCCUCCCGGAGUAUAUAUAGUAGUUGAUAUGCAAAUAAGGGUGAGCCGAUUUGCCCUUCCCAUUGGUUAGGAGAACCGGGCGUCAGAGGGGCGGUUCUUGGCGUUGUAACCCGCUGGAUAGGAACAGGGGCAGGCGGUCGCAGUGUCUUACGGGAAGCCUGUUGGCUCAAGAUGCAGCCCAGGUGUGGAGCGUUAGAGUCUUUCCGAGUGUGAAUGCCACAUUUCUUUGCUGUAGUGUAGAGAGAGGUGACCUAGCACAGCUAGGUGUUGAAAGGUGACAAAGUGAGGGUGGAAACCUGAGGCCCGGCCAAAGUUCGCGAUCCUUUGUACUUCCCAUGGGCCAGCUGCAUAAAGUCAGCUACGCAGAGCGGAUGCGGGUCUUGCCGCAUUUCUGGAGCGGGUGGGCACUACGUCUCCCCGGGGCAAGAGAAACCGGGUCUUUAACAUCUACAUAUCGCAAAGUUGCCAGGAGUCCGAGGCAUCCUUGUACUAGUGGCUAGGCUAGCUCAGGAGAUUGUCACACGCGACCCGUUGCCGAUUGGAGAUAAGCCCUGGCUUCCGAGUUAACUCCUUGUUAAGAGCCUCCCGCGGUGCUCUAGAAGUGGAGGUGGAGAGAGCUAUGCAGUGGUGUGAUCCUGCCCAGAGACCACGCGGUGCAGCCGGUAAAGGGGUGACCUCUUGAGGCCGCUCUAUCGAGGCUAGGAAAGUGCUGAACACCGAGAGACCUACAAACGUACGGGCCAGUAGGGGCCGCCAGUAAGGCGAGGCGGGAACUGAAGUCCGCCUGAGGGCCUCACUUAGGGGUUUGGUGAUGAGACUUAGACCGCCCUCUAAAUAACGGUGUGAGGGCUCAGCGAUACUAAACUCCAGCUCUAGCAUUUCUAAACAUGCAGAAGGGCCACUUAGCUCCACGGGAAGAGAGGAUGGCCGGUUGCUACAAGACUUUCCCUGCCAUAGUGGUAUCUUAUGUCUCAUGUUAAGAACGUCGUAGUCCUUGGGCAUCAGAUGUUCUCUAAUCAAGGAAACAUAACUGGUGUUCCCCCAGCGGGAGCCUGUUUUUACUAGUGAUGGUUACAUUGUAUUAAGUGCUUGUUGUGUGCCAGGCACUUUGGAACACACUUAUUCCGUUGCAAAUUCACAAAGUAUUUAUUUUAAUUACUGUUUUACAGAUGAGGAAAUGACUAAGGGAGUUAGAAUUGGAGGCAAAUUUGAACCCAGACCUGUUGGAUUCCUCACCCCUUGCUCUUAACCUUUGUGUCUCUGCCAGAGAGGCUCCUCUGUCCCUGUUUGCUGACAUUCCACUUCUAAGUAUUUUCUCCUACUCCAUAAAGAUUCAGAGGUAUAUAUGAUGCUGUUAAUUUUUUUAAUGCUCCAUUAAGCUCCAUCAAGUGAAAAUUUGAAUUACUUAUAAAAAAAAUAGAGUUAAACCGAGUUGCUCUCCAUAUAUUUCUAUCAUGUAAAAGAUUACUAACAUUGACGGUUGUUCUUUUCUUGGAGGCAAUUUUUGGGUUAUAUUUUUGAAUUCUUUAACCAUUUUUAUAUUUGUCUAUCCUAUUUUCUGAGUUAAAUUUGGUUACUUUACAUUUUCUUGUAAAGCCGUGUUAUCAAAAUAGCAUUUAAACAAGCACAUAGUAUUUUCUAAAUUAAAAAAAAAACUUACCUUGUUCAUUUCUUAUUUUAUUUCUGAUAUUUUUUAGAAAUUUGCUUGAGCUGCU